CGAAUACAAAAAUAUUGUGAGUCUCUAGCGAACUUAACAAAAGCACACAAUUUUCUUGGGGCAUUUGUCCAGUUUUGCAGUUUUUCAACUAUUAAUCAAUUAAAACUCGGACAGUGCGCAACGUCUCAAAAGUAAAUUUGACGGCAAAAAUAAUGCAAGCACUUCAAGUGCGUUGCUCUCGUGCGCACAUGGCGUCCAAUUCAGUGCCGUCGAAGAAAACAUUUCGCUUCAGAGAUGAUGUGGCCUACACAGAGGACGACAUAUUGAUCAAAAAACUAUUUCUAUUCAAUGUGGCACCAGAGCUGGUGCCAAAGCAGCUGGAAGCCUAUUUCGUGAAAUUUGGUUCUGUGAAGCGCAUGCAGCUGUUUGGGCCGCCAAGCCUAGCCGGUGCCAAAUACAUAGGCGAUAAGAUUAAAACAAAAACUGGCUACAUCUACUUUAAUGAUCCACGUAGCGCGGCCAGAGCAUUGAGGCGCACUGUGCACUAUGUGGGUAGACGUCGGCUAUGCGUCCGGCCCAGCGAUAGUUGGCAUCAGCCCGAUGCUUUUGGCCCACCCACUCAAUUGGUGGUGCCCGCAUCCGACGAGCCAGUGGCUCCCAUUAUGAUCCUUAAUGAUCAUUGUCUGGAGUAUAUCGUACGUCUGCUGGUGCUAUCCGAUCGCAUCCAUUUUGCGCGUACUUGCGUCCGUUUUGAGAACGUUUUCCAGCAGGUGUCGCCAGCCCUCGACAAAUGUGUGAAAUUUGAUGAUUUGAUGGAAAUGACUUUGUGGGAUGUACGUGAUUUCUUCAAACUGUCCGGCCGUCACAUUAAGCAGAUCCUUGGCGUUAUACCACAGCGGCAUUCGAAGCGUAUUUUUGAAUUUAUGGGCGCCCAUUGCAUAAAUUUGCAGAAGAUGAGCAUUACGGCAACGAAACUAACAGCACACAACAUGUACAAGACAUUCGAGAAAAUGAAUCAGCUGCAGGAUUUGCGACUGCGUGCUUGCGAGCUAACAAAUGACUCUCUGCUGGCUCUGAAGGAUUUGCCGGAACUCAAGAAUCUCGAUCUGUCUAACAAUGAGAAGCUGACCGGACUGCAUAUGACUCGCUUGCCAGUCUCCCUUGAGUCGCUGACAUUGACAAGCUGCACGGGUCUCAAUUCGAAACUGUUGCCCAAAGUUUGCCAGGCACUGAAACAUUUGAAGGCUCUACACCUGAAAGGAGUCUAUAUAACUGAGGUGCGCUACAAGCAGUUAGUUACCGCAAAGUGCUGUAACGCCUUGGAGACCAUCACGAUUAGCGAUAGCGACAGCGAGUACAGCAUGGUCCGUUCUAAUCAGUACGAGCACAUUGCCAAGCUGCCCAGCGUGCAAAAUAUUAUUGUGUACUGCAAUGAUACGAACAUGGUGCGACCCCAGCUGUUCGCCUGGCUGGAGGAGUUCAAGUCAAAGCAACUACAGCGCUUGGAGGUGCAUGGAUUGGACUGCAUCAAUGCUGACAUGAUAUUGAAUAUAAGCAGGCUGAGCGCAUUGCAGACACUUAUUUUGGCCAACAAUGAUGCAGUUGACGAUCGUGGCAUGGAGAUGCUGGGUGCACUGCAUGAACUGGAGGAAAUCAAUCUCAAAAAUUGUUCCAAGCUCAGCGACAAUGCUGUGCUUCGCUUGAUACUCGAUUGCCACAAGCUCAAGAUGUUGCAUCUUGAUUAUUGCCCAAUGCUCACUGGCAAGCUAUUAACUGAUAUUAUUUUCAAGGUGCGUUUUCAAGUACGGCAGAAGGAUGUGAAGCGUCCGCUGCCCAUCAAGAUGAGUGUGUAUGGCUGUCGGAUGGAUGAGAGCAGUCUGCAAAAUGCGGAUGUGGCUGCCAAAGACAUCAUUGAUCUAUCGUUUGCAUUGCCCUCAUCGUCAGAGCUCUGCUUCUUCGAUUUGUCGGAACUCUUGGCGGACGAUGAUGCUGUUUAUUUUUCGAAUUGUCAACUGGACAGGGACAAUUGGGACGAUUUUGAUUUAAUGAACAAUCAGUACGAUGACGAUUGGGACUAUGACGAUGAAUAUGAUUAUGAUGAUGAUGAUGAUGAUGAUCAUUAUUACCAUGAUAGCAAGUAUGAUUCCGAAUUGCCUGCGAUUUUCUUUGGUGAUGAAUGUCUUUGGGAUUAAAGCUAUUCAUCGGUGUAUUAUCAAUAUUCAAUAAGUUAAAAGUCGAGGCACCAAUUAUGAAGUUGCUGUUUGUUGCCAAAAAUAUCAUCGUGUGUUAUUCUUAAAACACCUAUUAAUGAAUUAAAACACACACAAAACGAUCAAAUCGUUUAUCGUGGAAAUACACUUUUUAUUGCAUUCUGUAAACAUUUUAUU